AUGAGGAUACUGUCACGGGUCGCCCUUCUUUCCCUCACCACAGCAGCAGCACAUGCUGCCACCGUCGUCUAUGACUUCAACGUGUCAUGGAUCACGGCCAAUCCAGACGGCCUGGCCGAGCGACCGGUCAUUGGAAUCAACAACCAAUGGCCGCCUCCGAGGAUACAUGUCCAAGUUGGCGAUCGCCUCAUUGUCAACCUCCACAACUCGCUCGGUGAUGAAGACACCUCUCUCCACUUCCAUGGCUUGUUCAUGAACGGGUCCAACCACAUGGACGGUCCUGUCAUGGUCACACAAUGUCCUAUCCCCCCAGGUGCCAGCUUCACCUACAACUUCACCGUCGACCAACCGGGCACCUACUGGUAUCACUCCCACAACAAAGGCCAAUAUCCUGACGGGUUCAGAGGACCCCUCGUCAUUCACGAUCCCAAAGCCCCGUUUGAGUACGAUGAAGAGCUUGUCCUCACCGUUUCAGAUUGGUACCAUGACCGCAUGUCAUUGCUGCAGCCUCGCUUCAUGAGCAAGUACAACCCAACCGGAGCCGAGCCAGUCCCCAAAUCCGCCCUCAUGAACGACACUCAGAACUUGACUAUGCCCAUGGUGCCCGACAGGACUUACCUGUUCCGCAUCGCAAACAUUGGCGCUUUUGCGGGUCAGUACAUCUGGGUUGAAGACCACACCAUCACCGUCGUGGAGAUGGAUGGUGUCUACGUCCAUCCUACCGAGACAAACAUGGUCUACGUGGCUGCCGCUCAAAGAUGCAGUUUUCUCCUCACGGCCAAGAAGGAAACCUCCCGCAACUUUCCCAUCAUCGCCAGCAUGGACACGACCCUCUUCGACACCAUCCCCCCAGGCCUCAACACCAACGUAACCAGCUACCUCCUCUACAACCCCACCGCCCCCCUCCCCCUCCCUACCCCCCUUGACACUCUCACCCCCCUAGACGACACUCUCCUCCUUCCCCAAGACAACCUCACCACCCUCCCUUCUCCCGACCAAACCAUCACCCUCAACGUAACCAUGAACAACCUCGCCUCCGGCGCCAACUACGCCUUCUUCAACGACAUCACCUACGUCCCUCCCCGCGUGCCCACCCUUUACACCGUUCUCUCCUCCCCCAACUCUUCUUCUUCCCAGGGGGAUCUGACCACCAACCCCUCCAUCUACGGCACCUACACCCACCCAUUUAUCCUCUCGCACAACUCCAUCGUCCAACUCGUGCUUAACAACCUCGACUCAGGCCGCCACCCCUUUCAUCUACACGGGCACCAGUUCCAGAUCCUCCACCGCUCCGCAGCCGACGAAGGAACUUGGUCGUCCUCCUCCUCUACCCCCGACCCCAAUAACUCUAACCAUACCGCCGCCCCAAUGCGCCGCGACACCCUCGUCGUAGAACCCAACGGCAACGCAGUCAUUCGGUUCCAAGCAGACAACCCCGGCGUGUGGCUCUUCCACUGCCACAUCGAAUGGCACAUGAUCAGCGGAUUGGCAGUGACGUUUAUCGAAGCCCCUUCGGUCCUGCAGCAAACCAUUAACCUUCCCGAGGACCAUCUUGCUGCGUGCAGGGAUAGAGAGGAUCCGAUUCCCUUUGAGGGCAACGCUGCGGGACGGGGUGGUGAUAGUAAGGAUCUAUCGCAGUGGUUGGUGCUAGACGGACAACCGACCCCGCCCAAGCCAAUCCCCGCGGGGUUUACGGGGGGCGGCAUCGCGGCUUUGACUAUGAGUUGUUUCACAGGUAUACUGGGCGUGGCGGUGGUGGCGUGGUAUGGAUUUUCGGAGCCGGUGGGGGAGUCUAACACUGCUGCUGCUGCUGGUAAGGUCAAAUCCCCGGCUGUGGCUGGCGAGUCGGGGUCGGAGUCGGGGGUGUAUACGGAUGUUGAUAGUGCGGGGAAGUCAGCAAGUGUUGUCAGGGUUAAAAGGGGGACAGAGGCUGUUGAGUCGGAGGCUUUGUCGUUUGGAAGUGAAGAGGAAGCCGUCAAUGGAGUGGGAAUGGCGAGCAAGAAGGGAGACGGCGUGGUGGUGGAUGUUGAUGCUAUUACGAGGGCAUGA